CUGCUCUGGCACCGUCCUCUAUCCUGCUAUAUCUCACAGUGUCCCAGCUGCUCUCUGCUCUCUCCUUUGAGUAAUCUCGUCUAGCCGCCACUUCGCGCUUGUCUCGCCGACAUUUGUUCGCGUCCGAUAUUCCAAAAUGCCUUCACCAAAAAAAGGAUCAAAGGCCGCAGGCGCCACCAAGGCCGCUCCUCCCAGCACUUCAUCCGUCAUUCCGCCGUCUAUAACGGCAAAUGAACCGGUGCAGGCCCAGCAGCGCAUGCUGCAGACGCGUAGUGCGAAGGCUGGUUUGCAGUUCCCUGUCGGUCGUAUCCACCGUUACCUCAAGCAGAGGACACAACAUAAUGUCAGGAUAGGCGCGAAGGCCGCAGUGUACACGUCUGCGAUACUGGAAUACCUGACUGCGGAGGUUUUGGAACUUGCUGGUAAUGCCUCGAAAGAUCUGCGUGUGAAGCGUAUCACGCCUCGCCAUCUGCAACUGGCCAUCCGGGGCGACGAGGAGCUGGACACGCUCGUGCGCGCCACAAUCGCGGGUGGAGGUGUACUGCCCUUCAUCCACAAGAGCUUGACCGUCAACAAGGGGCAGAAGAAGCCAGAAACGGUACAAUGAUUGUAUUCCUAGCCCAUCUACGGGGCUUUGUGAGAGCGAUGAUUAUCAUGAUAUGUGCUACUGGAUCUUAUAUCCUGUCUGUGCUUGACCAUGGGAAGUUUGGUUGCUGGUCGUGUAUCUGACGAUAUGUAAUACCAUAGUUGCCUCAGUCAAUUGGCAAGAUAUCCGCUCGCGCAUUCUGCACGGUG